AAACGAAUCCCUUUGACAAGUAAGGAUGCGAAAGGCCGUAUAAACUUUAGCAAGUGGGGUUUAACUCAUUUAAACGAAGUGUUAACCAAAUAUAAUAAAGAAUUUGUUAAUCUUAAGAACCACGUUAAAGCAAGUAUUAUAAUUAUGGUAGUAUGUCGAAGUCCAUUAAUAAUAAUAGAACGUAACCCUCGACCACUACGUCCUAGUCAAACCCGACGUGGUUAUACUUCGUUAAGCUAUAUUAAUACUUUAAUAAAAGGCCUUUUACCUAAGUAUAAAGAUUAGUACGUUUUUUAACAAGAUAACGCGCUAAUAUAUACAUCUAAAGAGAUAUGGGAUUGGUUUAUAAAAAGUGGAAUCUGUAUAUUCGAAGACUAGCCACCUUAUAGCCCCGACCUUAACCUAAUCGAAUAUAUACGGGUUGCUUUAAAACGUAAUUUACGUAGGAUAUAUCCUAACUUAUGGGACCUUAAGCAAAACCAGCUCGAUAUCGCAUAUUUCAAGACUUACUUAGUCGCGGCGUGGAAGGCGAUUCCCGACCAGUAUAUCGUAAAGAUUAUACUAAGUAUGGAGAAACGGAUGCACGCCGUACGUCGCGCACGGGGAUACUAUACCAGCUUUUAAUUG